AUGGGCUCCUUCUCGCUGCCGCCGCUGGAACUGGACCCGCUGCCUUCCCUGUUCCCGUUCUCACCUUACGAAGGCCUUAUUCACAAUGAUCCUGAACUAAACGCACUGAGCGAGUCGAUCGCCGCGUGCGACACCAUCGCGGCGGGCGAUGUGAGCGAGCCGUGGGCCGGCGAAGACAUGGGCUCCUUCUCGCUGCCGCCGCUGGAAUUGGACCCGCUGCCUUCCCUGUUCCCGUUCUCGCCUUGCUCCGGGUACAACAGGAACUCCACAGGGGAGUGCCGCGAGAGGGGCGGGGGGGAGGCGGCAGACGUCCUGCUCUCUCUCAAGCAUGCCGUCGUGCACGGAGACUGUGCCUCCGAGGCGGUCCACCCACAGAUGAUGGUGAACAGUGGCGGCGGGUACCCGUACUACGAGCACUAUGGCGGCGCGCCUCUCUUCCCCACCAUGAGCGUCAAUGUGUCCAUGAACAUGACCAUGCACGGAUGCCCGCCUGACCAGCUCUGCUCUCAGGUCCAAUGGAACCAGAACGCUUCAACGCCGUCAGUCAACGUGGUCUACCCCCAAACUCAGAACGUGAUCAGUCCUAACUCCUAUCCUUCCGCCACCUAUUCCUUCACUGCUGACUUUAGGUCCCCUAACCAAUCAGAUCCUCUGAUAACCGCCACUUCUACCUUCAAACCUCUGAUACAGAACACCCAGAAACCAAACCAAAACUACUCGAUAUUUCAGCAAAAGCCAAACUUUGGACAGAAAAGCUUAGGGCCUACGUUGAAGAGAUCACCUUCAAAAAUGUAUAUGCAAGAGAAUCCAAAGGAACAGAACAUGGGGGGAGGGUAUACGAUCCUGAACCAUCAGGGGCAGAUGCAUCCGCAGGAGUAUGGAUAUACGGCCUGUGUGAAUUCAGGGAAAGUCCAGGUAGGAGCUCUCAGUGGUUGUUCCGAAGACGACGAACAGAAGCCGAACUUAUGCCGCAUAUGCGGCAAGACGUACGCCCGGCCGAGCACCCUCAAGACCCAUCUGAGGACCCAUUCUGGAGAGCGUCCGUAUCGGUGCGGGGACUGCAAUAAAAGUUUCUCGCAGGCUGCCAACUUGACGGCCCAUGUGAGGACACAUACUGGACAGAAACCUUUCAGGUGUCCUAUUUGCGACCGACGGUUCAGCCAAAGUUCCAGCGUGACGACGCACAUGAGGACACAUUCGGGGGAACGGCCUUACCAGUGCCGUUCUUGCAAGAAAGCCUUCUCUGACAGUUCUACACUUACGAAGCAUCUCAGGAUACACUCGGGAGAAAAACCGUACCAGUGCAAGCUUUGUUUACUAAGGUUCUCCCAGUCCGGCAACCUGAAUCGCCACAUGCGGGUCCACGGCAACAUGUCGAGCGGCGUGCUCGGCUGACAGUUGCCGAGGUGCGGCCUGCCCGCAGCCUUCAUGUAGAUCUUCAGGACAAGAAGAAAGAGAAAGAUUGCGUGUCUGUCAUCAAUCGAGACAACGAGAGGACAUUUGUGUUUUGAAUGCUAGAUGUAGCCCAUUCGAGUGGUGUCCUCGGCUCUU